CUUUGAGCAAAUUCUUCAUUGUUACUGAAAAAAUGGAUGAAAAUUUUGAGGAGCAGAACAAGCUUCCAGAGCUCAAACUCGAUGCCAAACAAGCUCAAAGAUUUCUAUCAUUCUUCAAAACACUACCCGAGGACACUAGGGUUGUUCGCUUCUUCGAUCGCAGAGACUAUUACACUGCUCACGGAGACAAUGCAACUUUCAUAGCAAAGACGUAUUACCAUACCACGACUGCUUUACGACAAAUCGGUAGUGGGUCUGGUGCCAUCUCUAGUGUGAGUGUGAGUAGAAACAUGUUUGAGACAAUAACCCGUGACCUUCUCUUGGAGAGAACUGAUCAUACUCUUGAGUUGUAUGAGGGUAGUGGCUCAAACUGGAGAUUGGUUAAAACGGGAACCCCAGGGAAUCUUGGAAGUUUUGAGGACAUCCUUUUUGCAAAUAAUGAAAUGCGAGAUACUCCGGCGAUUGUAGCUCUUGUUACUAACUUUCGUGACAAUGAAUGCACUGUCGGGUUAGCUUAUGUUGAUCUCACUAAGAGAAUGUUUGGCUUGACUGAAUUUCUUGAUGAUAACCAUUUCACGAACUCAGAGUCUGCUUUAGUUGCUCUUGGUUGCAAAGAAUGUCUAAUUCCCGCUGAGAUUACCAAAUCUUGUGAGUAUAGAGCUCUGCAAGAGGUAAUGACAAGGUGUGGUGUUAUGGUAACUGAAAGAAAGAAGUCUGAGUUUAAAGGAAGAGAUGUGGUGCAGGAUCUGGGUAGACUUGUCAAGGGUACUAAAGAACCAAUUCAAGAUUUAGUGUCUGGGUUUGAAUUGGCACCCGGAGCAUUGGGGUCCAUUCUUUCUUAUGCAGAAUUACUUGCAGAUGAGAGUAAUUAUGAAAAUUACACAAUUAGAAGAUAUAACCUCGACAGUUACAUGAAAUUAGAUUCUGCUGCUAUGAAGGCGUUAAACGUUCUGGAGAGCAAGUGUGGUGUUAUGGUAACUGAAAGAAAGAAGUCUGAGUUUAAAGGAAGAGAUGUGGUGCAGGAUCUGGGUAGACUUGUCAAGGGUACUAAAGAACCAAUUCAAGAUUUAGUGUCUGGGUUUGAAUUGGCACCCGGAGCAUUGGGGUCCAUUCUUUCUUAUGCAGAAUUACUUGCAGAUGAGAGUAAUUAUGAAAAUUACACAAUUAGAAGAUAUAACCUCGACAGUUACAUGAAAUUAGAUUCUGCUGCUAUGAAGGCGUUAAACGUUCUGGAGAGCAAGUCAGAUGCUAACAAGAACUUCAGCCUUUUUGGCCUCAUGAAUAGAACAUGUACAGCUGGAAUGGGUAAAAGAAUGUUGCACAUGUGGCUGAAGCAACCUUUACUGGAUGCGCAAGAGAUUAACUGUCGGCUGGAUUUGGUCCAAGCAUUUGUUGAGGAUGCUGAACUUCGCCAAGAUCUAAGGCAACAUUUGAAAAGGAUUUCAGAUAUUGAACGAUUGGUGCACAAUUUUCAUAAAAAGAGAGCUAGCUUGGUGCAUAUUGUUAAGCUUUAUCAGUCUAGUAUCAGACUUCCAUACAUCAAAGGUGCUUUGGAAAGAUAUAAUGGACAAUUUGCAUCAUUGAUCAAGGAAAAGUAUUUAGACCAUCUAGAGUAUUGGUGUGAUGAGAGACACAUAAAUAGGUUCAUUGCUCUUGUGGAAACUUCGAUUGACCUCGAUCAACUGGAGAAUGGGGAGUAUAUGAUUUCCCCUUCCUAUGAUUCGAGCUUAUCUUCUUUGAAAAAUGAGAAAGAAACAAUAGAGAGAGAAAUACGUGCUUUACAUGAGAAAACUUCCAGUGAUUUAGAUUUGGUUGUUGAUAAAGCACUUAAGCUGGAUAGAGGGCCACAGUUUGGACAUUUCUUCAGAAUUACCCAGAAGGAAGAGCAAAAGGUCAGGAAGAAACUGAACACCCACUUUAUUAUUCUUGAUACUCGAAAAGAUGGAGUGAAAUUUACCAAUACAAAACUCAAGAAACUUGGGGAUCAAUACCAAAUGAUAGUUGAGGAGUAUAAGAACUGCCAGAAAGAACUGGUUGUUCGAGUAGUUAAAACUGCUUCAACAUUCUCUGAGGUAUUCGAGGGAAUAGCUGUGUUGCUCUCUGAAUUGGAUGUCUUGCUCAGUUUUGCAGAUUUGGCUGCAAAUUGCUCCACGCCAUACACAAGGCCAGACAUCACCCCUCCAGAUGUAGGAGACAUUAUACUAGAAGGAUGUAGACACCCUUGUGUGGAAGCUCAAGAUUGGGUCAAUUUCAUCCCAAACGAUUGUAAGCUAGUUAGAGGAAAGAGUUGGUUUCAGAUUAUUACUGGGCCUAAUAUGGGUGGAAAAUCUACAUUUAUACGCCAGGUUGGGGUUAAUAUCCUAAUGGCGCAAGUUGGCUCAUUUAUUCCCUGCGACAAAGCUAGCAUUUCUAUUCGUGAUUGUAUCUUUGCUCGUAUAGGUGCUGGCGAUUGCCAGCUUCGUGGAGUUUCAACUUUUAUGCAAGAAAUGCUUGAAACUGCAUCAAUCCUGAAAGGAGCUACUGAUAAAUCAUUGAUUAUUAUUGAUGAAUUAGGACGUGGGACAUCUACUUAUGAUGGAUUCGGCUUAGCUUGGGCCAUUUGUGAGCACAUUGUUGAAGCAAUUAAAGCACCUACUCUAUUUGCCACUCACUUCCAUGAGCUCACUGCUCUGGCUAAUGAAAAUAUGCAUGAUGAUCAAUCCAAGUACAGUGCUGGUAUAGUGAAUUGUCACGUUAGUGCACACAUUGACUCAAAAAACCGGAAGCUAACAAUGCUUUAUAAGGUGGAACCAGGAGCUUGUGAUCAAAGUUUUGGGAUUCAUGUUGCAGAGUUUGCCAACUUUCCUGAGAGUGUGGUUUCUCUUGCUAGGGAAAAGGCUGCUGAGUUGGAAGAUUUCUCACCUACAUCUAUACUUUUUUCUGAUGCCGAGGCAACCUCCAAACGAAAAAGAGAAUUCGACUCCGACGAUGUGUCAAGAGGUGCGGCCAGAGCCCGUCAAUUCUUGAAGGAUUUCACAGAGCUGCCAUUGGAUAAGAUAGCCGGGGAUAAGAGUCAAGUUUUACAACUACUGAAGGAAUUGAAAACCAAGUUGGAGAAGGAUGCAGGAGACUAUCCCUGGCUUCAGCAAUUCUUGCAAUAAUCUUCCAGAAACAUAUUUGCAUGGAGAUAUAUCUAAUCUUCCCUCAUCUUUUUGCCUCUUUAUAAUUUCACUCCAAUUCCUCUUAACACUGGUUUAAAUUUCCUUUUCCCAAUUUAUUUCUCGUAUUUGAAUUUUCAAUGUUCUCAGCAGGUGCAGUAUAUAAUACUACUAGUCCAUAAUACGGAGUAUAAAACUAAUCAAUUUACUGUACAUUU